AUGGCCUACCCAACCACCGCCCCAAAGACGGCCAUCAAGCGCUCACAGACCUCCGCCCCCAGCCCGCUGCCUUCAUUAGGCGGCGGCGGCGCACCCGCGUCGCCGUCGCCGUCCAUCGCAUCCACGACGUCGGCCACCGCGGCGUCGACACCAAAGAAAUCCAAGGGCGUGGUUGGCGGGCCUGCUGGCAACCUGCCCGCCGGUGCAGCCAUCUACUCGCAGCCCGAGAACACGGGUGUCGGCUCGGCCAUUGGCACCAACAUCGUCUACGCCCUCGACUACCUCAAGCAGCAGGGCGGCAAGCCCGUGAGCCUGGCCGCCGUGCUGGGGCACCUCAACCUCAACCGCGAGUCCGAGGCCGUCCAGAAGCAGAUUGUCGAGCGCAUGCGGCACCACCCGCGCAUCGCCUGGCGGGCCACCGAGACGGCCGUCAUGUCCUCGUCGACGGCCAACCUCGACGAGGACUGGACGACGGGCACCUACGAGCACAAGCCCAUCAUCCCCAACGUCAAGGACCGCACGUCGCUCUUGCAGUACCUGCAGCGGCGCACGGACGCGCAGGGCGUCAACGUCAAGGACCUCAAGGACGGCUGGCCCGACUGCGAGGCCGCCCUGGCCGCGCUGGAGAAGGAGCACCGCGUGCUGGUGGUGCGCACGAAAAAGGACAACCACCCGCGCAUGGUGUGGCUGGACGACCCGAGCCUCUGCUUUUCGGUGGAGCCCGAGUUCCAGUCGCUGUGGCACCGGUCGACGAUCCCGUCCGUGGACGACAUUGUCGGCAAACUGACGGCGGCGGGCCAGAAGCCGACGAGCGAGGACCCGCGGCUGCGGGCGGCCAUGCAGCCCAAGGAGAAGAAGGCCAAGAAGCGGGCGCAGCGCCGGACCGGCAAGUCGACCAACACGCACAUGGAGCACCUGCUCAAGGACUACAGCCUCAGCAAGCGGUAA